AUGGGCGACAUCAGGGAGUACUCGGAGCUCUCCGAGGACAAGACGGAGCCGUUCUCGCAAGGUGAGAUCCAGGCCCGUCUGCAGCGGUCCCGCAUGGAGGAGUUCAACACCAUCAACAGCGCAGUCCCACUGGAUAAGUUGGUAGUGCCCCCGGAUGACGACAUUCGCAUUCUCAUGAGGCCGCUGGCCCGGGACCGUACCGUCCGCGAGGACCGCAAUGUUAUGCCUCUCUCUCUGCGCGCGGAGGCCGCAGAGGCGGAGGAGAAGACGCAGCAGGUUCUGGCCGUCCGCCAAACCGCUCGCGACAUUAGUUUUACCGUCAGCAUCCCGGACUACCGAAACCCUGACCGCAGGCUAGCUUGCAUCAUUUACUACGAUCCGGCCAGCGAUAACCAAAUUCUCUCUAACCGGUCCAACGUCCCGUUCACCCUGUCCAGGGUUUCUCACGAACCCGAGGCAAUACGCGGAGCGCAGUACCAAGUCAAUCCAGAAUUCCACAAGCCUUUGACGCCAGGCACGUGGCGCAUCACCAUGGGCGGAACCGAUUUGCUCGACUUCCGUCUCCUCGAGAGGCGGCCGGUGCGAUUGCGCACUGCUUCGAGCUCCUCAUCCGAAACGUCAGCCUCCAGCGCGACAUCGACGUCAUCAGGGUCCGGGUCCGGGUCGGGUGAUGUGGUGAACUCGUCCGGUAAGAGGUUGUUGGACGAUGAGGACGGUCCCAUAAACCCCGAGAAGCGGCGGCGCCCAACAGACCCAAAUGAUAAAAACGAAAAUAGCGUUAUCCGGUUUCUCCUCGCAUGCGCCAAAGGAAAGGAAGUCGUUGCAUCCACUGGUCACCCGCUCUUAGACCUCCAAUCCGUGAAACGCUCGAGGUUCCACGUGGGGGGGGCUGGUUGCGUUUUUACCGCCGAAUACUCCGAAGCCCCCGGCCGAUUUAUGGCGGCGAUGCUCGGUUCCUGUCCUUGUAUAUGGAGCCCGUUGACGGCCGUUGAUCUUUCCGCCAGGGGUGUCUGGCGGACCAGCGGAACGGACCUCUUCUCCGGCGACCGGUCCGACGCGCUGCGCAUCUUGAAAGACGCCUCGAGCGGCCUGCACUACCUCCACAGCCUGCGGCUGGAGCACAACGACAUCAAGCCGGGCAAUAUCUUUGUACAGCCGGGAGCGUGGGGCUGUCGUCUGCGACAUGGGCCUGUCAUCCGAGAAGGGCGCCAGCACGGGCGGCGGCACCCCAUGAUCUCGUGGCCCGACAUCCGGGCGCACCGCCAGCACCCGCGGCACCUGUACUGGACCAUUGCCGACGUGCACGAGAAGGAGCGGCAGCGCCAGGCCACGGCUGUCUCGCGCAUGCGCAUGUGGCUGAACGAAGUCACCGCGGUGCGGAACGGGCUAGACGUGCAUGACAAGCUGGAGCGGCUGGUGCAUGGCAUGCUGGCCCCGAACCCGAGGGAGCGGCUGACCACCAAGGAGAUUGUCAACCAGUUGUUUGUCGACCAGGGGACGGAUCGGUGA